AGAGAUUGGCGGUUACCAUGUUUGAUGUGUUACGCCCUCGAUUAACCUCUCCUGUUUCACACCCUACAGUUGGACUCCAAUGUUUUUUCCGUGCUUUUGCUUCCUCAGUGGGGGUCUUUAAUUCCGGAGAAUAUAUGCGCGAAGGAACUGAAGUUCCAGAACGCGAUGAGCUGUACAAAAAGGUUCUUAUCACUGUUAAGGGGCAUGAACCGAUGGUACUGAAGAGUUAUGAGACGUUUGUCAUCAAGGUGUGUGAAAACCUUUCGCUCAACUUCCAGGGUGAUACCCGUAACCGCCCAAAGUUUUUACGCCUAUCUAUGAACAGGUCUCCAUUCAUAUACAAGAAGCAACAGCGACAGUAUGAGUUCCGCACGCACUACAAAUAUUUCACGAUUAAAUAUGUAACUGGGUGUACUGCGGAUGUGUUUCUGGAGUAUAUCCAAAGAAAUUUACCCGAGGGUGUCGCCAUGGAAGUAGAAAAGCAUCGCUUGGAACGCCUUCCGGAGCAUUUGAAAACUUAAACAAUGAAGUAUGGCAGAUUGAGGCGCUACACUUAUCUGCGAGGUUCUACGUUGAUUUUAUCUAUCUUCUGGUUCUGUAAUACAGAUAUUAGUGGGUAAUGUGCUGGUAACUUGGUAUUUAAUUUCAUUCAGUCGAACUAUGCGGUAGUCACCAGUGUAUCAUAACAAGUCAUGUUGUAGACUAAGUGAAAUACGUAUUCAAACAAAUGGACAUCAAAACUGUUGGGACUGUCGAAACUGUGUAACGGUCCAAGUUGCUGUACUUCACAAUAAUACACUAAAGUCAGGGCUGACAAUGAGGAAAUAAAAUUGACAAUAUCGACAGUCGUGAACCAUCAUAAGGUGGGAAGAUGCAGUCGAUCGGAAUAGUGACAUGACAAUACAAUAUGUGAAUAUAAGGGAUGGAUAGAUAUAUGCUAUCUUAAUAAAUUUUGAACUGUAUUUCCUGGAAUCUCUGAUCAUUGGCUUCACUUGUCCCGUGGAUUCUGACCAAGAAGCCUGCAUGGCUAUGAUGAACGAUGACAGAAUGCAGGAUCACUGCUACUCUUAGCAUCCAAUACUUAGUGGUCACUCAACUUCUGUUCGAUUGCUUUGGGAAGUUUCAAAAUUCAUGAGAAUCCUCAUUUGUAUACAUGGAAACUGAAAUGUGCGUCCAUACUCCAGUAUGUUCUACCAAUUAACAUCUUCAUACUUGGUGCCAAAAAGUCAUAAGUCACUGGUAAGUGGGAUUUUAGCUACCUGAUUUCUACAAGAGUUGGGCGAAAGUAAGUUUAUAUUGACCAUGUAAUUUUAGCUAGACUGCAUGAAACUGUAACAUUCCAUUAUAUUUUUUAGUGUUUUUUGUUAUUAUGGUUCCUAUGCGCACAGAUUCAUUAUUUAUUUUUCCUUUGGGUUCCUUUUGGAACAUAGGGCUUUAGUUGCACGUCACCACUUCACUCUCUUCUCUGCAGUCUUUUUAACCUGGUUCCACCACUGCCCAAAAGCUUUCAUUUCUUCCUCAUACGAUCUCCUACAUGUCACCCUCGGACGCCCAACUCAUCGUUCCCCAUUUGGGUUCUGCUUGGGGGCCUGGCAAGUGAUGUCCCCAAAUGGUCUGUUCAGUGCAUGCCCAAUCCAUCCCACUUUCUUCUGCAUAGUUGUUGGGUGAUAUGCAUACAGAGACUCAGCAAAAAUAACUAAUUAGUUCUAUUGUUCUUUACUGUCAAUACUUCCCCCUAAACUAGAAGCUGCUUUUGGAGAGGUUGCCUAAUGGAACAUAGGAAUAUCAUCUUAAUGACAAACUUCAAGGAUAUUAUUUAAACAAUCUGUGAAAAAUAUUCACUUGGAUUUUCAUGUGAACAAGAUGAAAUCCUGUGGAUGCUUUUGAAUAUGUUAGUUGAUAAGAAAAAAUUUGUUACAAGAAUUCGUUGAUCCAAUCUACCUUGUUUCAUAAAAAGACCAAGAGGAAAACUCGAAAUGAUCGACAGAAUUCGGUCAAUCUGUUGGAGUAGAUAGCAUGACAUCCACUCCUCUCCAGUGAUCAGUCACUGUUUAACAUCUAGUCUUGUAGGGUCUGGUUGCAGACUGAUAAGCUUAGUGGUAACAUCACUGAUUUCAGCAGUGGGUGAUAGAAGUUUAGAUAUCAGAGGUGACAUGAGUUUCUUCGAGAUUGGAGAUACGCCUUGGCAAGUGUCAACAAGCAAAAGAUCUUAGUUGAGUAGAGCUUUCUGUCGAUUACUUUCAAUAACCUAACAUCAAACUGAAAAAAAUUAGGCGUCUUAGAUAAGACACUUUAGACUAGGUUCACAGGAUAUGGAAUGGCUUGAAGAAGAUAAUAUGUAAAAGACUUCUUAGAUAUGUCCUGCAUCUUUUACUAUCUAAAGUAUCCUAGCCAUUGAUUGUAAAGUAACCUGGGUGGGAAAACAUCAAUCACUGAGAGGCAAGGGAUCCAGCUGACGAGUCCUAAGUAAGACGAGACAUGAACCUUGGAUUCUAGUCGAGUGGAGCUGUGGCUAAGGGAGUUAAAUCUCAACAGUGGAUCGCUGGUCUCGAACACCGCCCCAUCUGCCGGGGUUUAGCAGUCAGGUAGUAUCACUAACCGUCGUACAAAUGGUUCGUUGCCUAAUGCAUGAAUGUGCCACAAGGUUGCUGAAUGAGUUUCGAUUUGAUUCGACUUCUAGUCGCCAUCCAUCGCAAAAUAACCCGUCCAACUACUGCGAGUAGUCAGUAAUCGAAACACUGACGUUUUUUUCACCGUAAGUUUAAGGUUACGAAUGAGUCUUAGCUUAUUGAACUCUUAGUUUUCUGGAUCCUACUAUCCCAGUUAGUGUGAGUUAUAAGCAAAUAAAGGCGUCUAGACUUAUCUAAUAUGAUUAUCGUGGUGACAAUUGAAUGGAAGUACUUCUUGAAUUAUAUGGUUAGUGUUUUUUUUCCGCGUUGUUCACAAAGUACAUCAAUUAACUAUCAUUGCUACAAAGUGCCAUGAAUGACCUAGGGUUCUCAAUAUUACGAAGCAUGCCCUAAAAGCAACUAAUAUCAGUGAUCUGACAAAUGUGAAAAUGCUAACAGUUCCCAUUAACUCUUUGAUAAGUUGACUUAAUAUACUGGACAAUUGAAUCCAUUCAGGAUGUGUAUGUUUUGUGUUUCCUAACAUUUGUUGCGAGGUAUAUCUACAAUCCAGAGUGAGUUGAUGCCACGACAGUUAUCCAAACACGUCACCUCGUACUGAAGUUAGAGAUUGUACUACUGGUCUAUUUUAAACCGUGAUUAACUUCCUAAACUAUUUGAUUAAAUACAUCGAUUAGUUGUUGCAGGGUUACCAAUUUCAUGCUGUUUAUCUUCUAUCGAUCAUUUUGAAAUAUGAUCACCAAGCUAAGGGAUUGUUUAUCGUAGUGCAUUUUAUUUAAUGUCAGGUGGUUGCAGACAGGAUAUUUUGUACUGUUUUGUGUUUGUUGGUGUCUCGGGUAAAACAAAUGAAAUUGAAUACUACUACAUAGUUGCCAAUUUCUAUUUACCUCAAAUGCUAAAUUACAGUUAGUUUUUUUCCUGAGGUUAGCGUUAGCAAUACUACGCACACACGAUUUCUGAAGUGUAGAUUUGAGAUGACAAAUUUUACAGUUACAAUCGAGCAGGUAUGUAUUUCAUAUUGCUUCUAGUAUAUUCAGUUUUCACAGAUAGACUUCUACCAAAAAAAUGUUUUGUUUUUCAUGGGAUUCAUUAUUUCGUUAUAUUAUAAGCGAUAUGGUGCCACAAUAAAUUUAUUACGGAGAAUGUUCGCAUGUAUUUG